AUGGGUCCCUCCCCGGCGCCGACCUCCCGGGCCCGUAGGGUCUACGGACAGAGCCAGGCUCAACGCCGCUUGCAGCACAACUUGGAUAUAUCCGCAUACUCUCUGCCAAGCGCGCAGUUCGUGUCGGGAUCGCCCGAGGUGACCUAUUCGCAGGCGCACUUCCAGGACUUGGACGCGGUAUCUACAUCCUUCAAUCCCUUCGCGCAGCCCGUGGAUGUUUCUUAUGCGGCCAAUUUCAUGCCCGACCUCGUAGCUUUCGGCAAGGACGACGGGGUGAUGAAAUUCCCAGUAUUAGACGCACCAGAGUUUCCGCCGUUUCGGUACAAUGCGGCCUCUGUGGCGUCGCCCAGUGUAGUGUCGUCCCACUCGUCAACCACAUCUCGGAGAUCGUCUUCGCGUUCGACGCUGUCAUCUAUCCAGACGGACUUCGUACAACAACAGCAGCAACUGCAUAUGACCGAUGCUCUUGCUGGUCCACUGAUGCGGCCACGUGGUCCUACUCCGUUGAGGAAUAAUGUCAGCACGUUGCCCUCCCCUUCAGAGGCAUCGUCAGUUGGCACAAUCCGGGCAGCCGACGAUGUGCCGAUAGGUCCCGUGGCGUUGAAUGCCGACCUUUAUUUGGGCAGAGUGCCAGUGUUUGCUCAGAUGUGGAUCUUCCCCAUGUUUGUCUCUGGGGCAACAAUGGUCCUUGCGACAGUGAGCAUCUACUGGUUUGUCCUGUCCUUGGCUGUACCGAAGGAGAAUCCUUUGCAAGCAAAGACCUACUCGACUGCCACGUGCGCCGUCAUGCAACCAACGCCUUCUGUCGAAAAGUCGCUCCAAGCGCAAGCUACACCUGCACAUCAGGAUAGUGUUAAAGAGAGGAGGUUGAAGAUGGAGAUGACCAUCGCCACAUCGAAAAAGAAGUGUCGGGAGCAAUUGAGGAACGUUGUUGAGAGGAAGUUUAAGAGGUCCAACUCGGUCGUUACGCCAAGGUCGAUUGAGAGUCCUGGAGCUCUGAGAAGCCGAACGCCAAGAAUGUUUGACUCCGUUGGCUUUCCUAUCAUAUGGGAGCAUGGUGUCCUGCCAUUCUUGAUAGAAAUGAUGCCAAAAUGGUGUGGUCCAGGCCACGUCAUUAGUGUGACUCGAGGAAAAAAACGUGAUUCCAGGCGCGUUUGCUUCAUGACCUCAAAGCCAAUCUCCACAGCUCGGAAGAUCAUGAUCGCGGGGCAUGUCCGAGACUUGCUCCCGGAAAGCCACAAAGGCAAUGUCUCUUUCGUGUUUUCGGUCGGUGAAGUCGAACGUCUUACUUGGGCUAGGGGCUUGAGUAAAGAUAUGCCAGACGAAGUGUGUAGCCCACGCAAUCCGUUUUGUUACAUCAGCCCGCAAAUGGGCGAUAGUAUCGGCAUGGUACUGCCUGAUGGGGAUGAUAUAACCGCGACCCUGGGCCCAUGUGUUAACAUCGGAGACGCUGGCUUUUGGAUUGCUAACUUGCAUCCAUUCAUUGACGCCAAGCUGUCAGGAGAACCUCCAGUGGUGGAGCACCCCUCACCAGCAGAUCGAGACAGAUGUCUCAAGGAAUGCCACGACGCCUUGGAGACCGUGGGACUGGAUUUCCGGCUCGGCAGGCUAACAGCAACAUCUGGUUACGAUUUGAAAACGACAAGGGUCACUCACGAUCCCUACUGGGAAGACUGUGAUAAGGAGCCGCCUUUGGUUGUAACGGAUUGGGCCCUGAUCUCAUCAAGCAGCCGGCAGGCGAAUAUGCUGCGCAAGUUCCCGAAUACCGCCACUCCUAGCCGAGAAGUCCCAAUUACCAAGAUGAGUAGUGUUGUGCCUGGUGUCGAGGUUCAUGCUUCAGGCCGCACCUCAGGCUAUCAAUGUGGGCAAGUCUGUGAAAUACCAGCAUAUAUUGAUGGCAAAAAGAACGGGACCGGCAAGGCAACUAGGGAAUGGUUUAUCGAGGAGCCUUAUCCGUGUGACGACGAGGAGGCUUGGAUCCGCGGCGGAAUUGGCGUCUCGGGUGACAGCGGAGCUGCCAUCGUAGACAGCGAGACCAACGCCCUCAUUGGGCAGCUUUGGGGUCGCAAUCGAUAUUUUGGACCUGGUCCACGGUUUACGUACUUUACUCCCGUAUUCGACGUCUUCGACGACAUCCAGGAGCGCUGCGGUCAACAGACACGCCCGCGACUACCCCAGUAUCGCGACGAAGCAGACAGGUGGCCGCAGUACCCGAUCUGCAGGCCAUGUUUCGACCUGCAGGAGUACAUGGCCAGUCGGCGGAGCUCACGCGAGUCGCUCAUGUCCAUGAUACCAGGCGCUGGCGUGGCGGGCGACAACGAACACGACUUGUUUUCUGUGUCAGAACUCGCGACACCAAAGGAGGGCGGCGACCAGUCCUUCUGGGUGCGCCAUACAGGAUUGGAAGAUGCCGGAUCAUCUUUCAACAGCGUCGUAUCUCCACGUCCGAUGCCAACUAUGAGCACAUUCUUCCACAACCCGCAUGUCGCUUCUCCUAGAGCUGGCAUCCUGGAGAUGCGAAGUCCGUAUGCCAUGGAGCUAAACGACGAGGACCUCCACGAUCACGUUUCAGAUUCGCCUUAUGGCGGGCUUGGAAAGCGCGCCGCAACUUCGGUUGCGCUUGUACGUAGUGGCAGCCAGCAAUCGGCUAAGAGAAGAAGAAUCAUGUAG